CUGGCUGCCUCCGCCUGGCCUCUCGUCGGCCCGCGACACCUGGACGUCUGGAACAAAGGCCACCGGCUGGGCCUGGACUGGCCUCCCCCGUCGUGGGACGUGGAUCCGGGCCAUGGAGCGGCCGUGACCCAGGCCCCCGCCAGUUGUACCCCUCAUCCCGAUCCCACCAUGGCGAGUGGGCGGCCAGACCUGAAGAGGAGUUUCUCCAUAAUACCCUGCUUCAUCUUUGUGGAGUCAGUACUCCUGGGUGCUGUAGUGCUUCUCGCCUACCGCUUGGAAUACACAGACACAUUCCCAGUACACAGGCAGGGCUUCUUCUGCUAUGACAGUACUUACGCCAAGCCCUACCCAGGGCCUGAGGCUGCCAGCCGUGUGCCACCAGCUCUCAUCUACCCCCUGGUCACUGCGGGGCCUGCCAUCACGAUCCUCCUUGGAGAGCUUGCCCGGGCCUUCUUCCCAGCUCCCACCUCAACUGUGCCAGCCUUGAGGGAGAAGACCAUUGUGUGUGGGGACUGCUGCCGCUUCAGCCCAGCCCUAAGACGGCUGGUCCGCUUCCUGGGUGUGUAUUCCUUUGGCCUCUUCACCACAUCCAUCUUUGCCAAUGCUGGGCAGGUAGUGACAGGGAAUCCUACCCCACAUUUCCUGUCCGUCUGCCACCCCAAUUAUACAGCUCUGGGCUGCCCCCCACCAGCCACAGACAAGCCUGGACUGGACCGGUAUGUCACAGACCAAGGGGCCUGUGCAGCUGGCAACCCUGCCUUGGUUGCAGCUGCCCGACGUGCCUUUCCCUGCAAGGAUGCAGCCCUGUGUGCAUUUGCGGUCACCUAUACGGCGAUGUAUGUCACACUGGUGUUCAGGGUUAAGGGCUCCAGGCUGGUGAAGCCUUCACUCUGCCUUGCCCUGCUCUGCCCAGCCUUCCUGGUGGGUGUGGUCCGUGUGGCUGAGUAUCGCAACCACUGGUCAGAUGUGCUGGCUGGAUUCCUAACUGGGGCAGCUAUCGCCACCUUCCUGGUCACCUGUGUUGUGAACAAGUUCCAGAGUCGAAUGCCUCUGAGUCAGAGAACAUUCAGAUGGGAAGGUCUGAGCCCAGUACCUGCUAUUGAGAACCCCCUUGAAAAGUUAAAUUCAGCCCAGGAGCCCAAGACCACUGCACCCCCGCUGCAGCCUGCCCGCCUCACCCCACCCAAGCUGCAGAGCUGUACCCGUCGGGGCCACCUGAUUCCCAGCUGUGUGUCUUCCCGGGCCCCCCCGAUGUGUUCUUCCCCUCGUGUUCCCCGCGCUCGAGUGAGGUCUGAGCCAACAUUGCCUGCCAUGACCCCUGGCCCCAGCCAGGGCCCCCCACCAUCCCCUGGACCAUCUGUGGCUGGUGGGGGUGGAGGUGGGGGUGGCAGGGGCCGGAAGUUGCUGCUGCCCACUCCUCUGCUGCGGGACCUGUACACCCUCAGCGGACUCUACCCCUCCCCUUUCCAUCGGGACAGCUUCAGCCCUUACCUGUUUGCCAGCCGGGACCACCUGCUGUGAACUCAGGUUCCUAGAUCCUGAGAGCCUCUGGCCCCAGACGCCCCCUGGAGUCAGAUGUUCUCAGGCCAUGUGUGUGUGUCUCCUGUGUGCCUGUGUGCCUGUGUGUGUGUGUGUGUGUGUGUGUGUGCAUGUGCACACACACCUGCCUGUGCGUGUCCCCAACAGCCAGUCCCACAUGGAUAUGGGGAGGGGUGGAGAAUUUAAAGAAAGUCCAGGCUUGGGUGGGGCUUCGUGUCUCACUCCCCUCUCUAGCUGGCUGGGCCCCAGGAGGGUCUUCAUUGCCAGAUCUAAGGGAAUUUAGGAUUGGGAAGGCUGAGGGUGGAGACCCUCCAUUGCCCCAAGGUUUGGAGGAGGGACAGAAGCUUCUCCUUUUUAGGCAGAAGCUAAUAGAAUUAACCUCUGGCCUCUUACUGCACAUCGAGGACCUUUCUGUCUCAAAAUUCUAAGGAUGCUUGGGGUUGGUGUGAUUCCAGCCAAUAAAAAAGCCCAUGGUUCUGAGACUUGGGAGUGGAGGAGGGGAAAUGUGGAGGGACGUCUGACACCAGCCAAUGAGAGUGCUCAGUGUCUAAGAAUUACAGGGAAUCUUGGUUCUUGCCGGGGUUGGGUCCUAGAUGUCUCAGAAUGCCAAUAAUGGUAAUGAUUCCUAAUGAUGGAGCCUAGGUAUUUGAAGAUUCUUGGGGUUGGGGGAGGAAGGGAAGCCAGUCUCAGCCAAUGGGAGCUCCUUCUGAUUAUUCUGAGAUUACCCCUCUUCAGAUAGUAGGAUGGUGAAAAGAGGCAGCAAAUCUGACCUGGUUGGGUGUCGUUGGAUUGUCAGGGUCCUUCUACUGAAGCUACAUCUCUCAUUUUCCCAUUGCAAGGUCCUUUAAUGGGGCAGCUCCCACCCAACCCUGAUAGGCUCCCCUAUCCUCCCAGCCAAGCUGGGUUCUUCUCCUUAUCUCCUCCUUCAUCCCCCAAUUCUAAUAAUUAUUUUAAUGACUCUAAACUCUGAGUUCCUCUCCAGCCAUCAGGGCUGGAAAGGAGGGUUUUUCUUUUAAGUCUGUGCUCUGAGACUAAGGUGGGGGAAAGAGAGUAGUUAAGCAGAGUCUUUGAGGUCCCAGUGUUGUGUCCCCCAAGUGCCCUAUCCCUCACUUCCUUGGUCCUAGAUUUGGGGGGGGGGUUCACCUUUUGGACUUAAGACCAGAGUCUUGUGGUGGAGAAGGGAGAGGAGGUAGGGGUUUCCCUGUGACCUACACACUUGGGAGAUCAGCUUUUGUGUCCUGCUUCCUCAUCCCACCCAACAAAACAAAAACAAAACCACCUUUUUGCUUCCUAAACUGGCUGUGCCAGUCCCAGGGCACACUGCCCCUAACACCCCCUAGCCCUAGCGAAAGAGAGCAACAGAGAGAGACCUCUCUUCCACUCCAAGUUUCACAGCCUUUAAUAAAGAUCUGUUUGUAUCAGAA